CAAUACCUCCUUCAGAACGUGGAGACAUUGAUUGGUGUAAGGAGAUUGGUCGUGACCAUGUCACGUUGUGGCAUGACGGGUGCUCUAUCCACGUGACGCAUUAAGAACUGAGGACGUCGUGAGCAAGGCUUCAUCGGCUGUUUGUAACAAGAGUGAUCAGUGAAAUACAUUCUGUGUAGAAAUAAGUAUUCGUUCCUGCUUUUUUCAGACUCUGAGGAAAACUAAAUCAAGUUACUUUAGAUUCAGCUGAUUGAAGAACAAGCCGUCAGAGACGUAACAUACAUCUCCACCAUCGACGAUUACAUAUCCAGCUAUCUUGAAAACCUCUGAGAUCACAAAUCAGAACAUUUACAUCACGUAGCAGAUCGUGUAAAGGUAAUUCCAAAACACCAUCUUAUCUGCAAUGCUUUACAAUGAUGCCUCAAGAAUCGUGAUCGAAAACCUGUCCACAUCUGAAGACGUCUUGAGUGGAAACAUACCGGAAGCCCAACCCAAGGGUCACGUGGACGUGCGAGAGAAGUGGGAAGCAGACGAUCUGUUUGACUCCACGUUCGUCCUUCCCUCCAACUGUGAGUGGUGGCAGCACAUGGCGGAUCUCUCACAUGAUGAAAGCCACAGCGACUCUGACGUGAUGGAUCUGUACGCUGGUGAGUACUUCAACUAUUCCAGCCUGCGGGACGAUGUGGACACUGCAGAUGACGUCAACGAGGAUCGUGCUGUUCCCGAGCGUGUGUACCAUCUGGACACGAGGUGGACAACAAUAUGGGGUCUGGACAUCAUCUGGGAGGACGAGAACGAAAAGAAAAUCUAGUCUAGUGGGAGACGUUACAGUGAGGUGUGCAUGGUCUGUACAUGGCAUCAUUGUAAUAAAGGUUCGUUCUCAUGUCA